AUGGACACCCAGCCGGUGCUCAUGAGCUGUGACUUUCUUCUCCCUCUCUCUCUGGCUGUGGCCUUGGAGGAAGUGGCCGGGGGUCUCCAGGGCUUGGUCAUCGAGCGCGUGGGACGGAGACCCCUCCUCAUUGGCGGCUUUGGGCUGAUGGCCCUCUUCUUUGGGAUCCUCACUAUUACGCUGACGCUGCAGGACCACGCGCCCUGGAUCCCUUACCUGAGUAUCGUGUGCAUUCUGGCCGUCAUCGCCGCCUUCUGCAGUGGGCCAGGUGGCAUUCCCUUCAUCCUGACCACCGAGUUCUUCCAGCAAGCCCAGCGGCCAGCUGCCUUCACCGUGGUGGGCACCAUCAACUGGCUCUCCAACUUUGCCGUCGGCCUCCUCUUCCCAUUCAUUCAGAAAAGUCUGGACACCUACUGUUUCCUGGUUUUUGCUGCAAUCUGCUUCACAGGUGCUCUCUAUUUGUAUUUUGUCCUGCCUGAGACCAAAAACAGAACCCAUGCAGAAAUCAGCCAGGCAUUCGCCAAAAGAAACAAGGCAUACCCACCAGAGGGGAAAACUGACUCAUCGGUAACUGAUGAUAAGACAAACAUUCAGCCUGACCCAGACUCCUCCUCUGCACUGGAGAAAUGA